UCUCCUUUUUCCUUUCUCCUAUUCCAAUUUCAUCUACAGUUCUCUUUCUUGCUCUCAAAUUAGGUUUUAUGCUCUUCUUUUGGUCACUUUCCGACUAAAUUUCGAUUGAUACUUUUGCUGUUAUCACCGAUCAUUUAUCCUUGUAGUUCUUUUUUCUUUGCCACAAAGAUCUUUCACGUGUAACUCGUACUUUCCUUCCAUGGAAGAAAAUGACUCAUAGAGUCUGACUCCGGGUAGAUUGUAAUUGAUGCUUAGUUGAGUCAUUAAUUGUUGACAUUAUGGAACUAGCAAUUGUUGCGUCCUUAGUUUCCUUUCUUGGCAUACGUUGUGAUUGGAUGUAGUUGAUUGGUUAUUCAAAAUCAUGGUCCUUCUUCAUGGGUGUCCAUACGUUUCUGAUUGUGUUAAUUAACUCUAUUUUGACUCCUUUGAUGAGAUGACAGACAACAGAAAGCUAUGCAAUGAAGCUGGUAGCUUUGACCGAAUAACAGAAAUAAUUGCAGGGGAUGGGAGGUUGUUGUUGUUCUUCCAGGAAACCUCAUCUGCAUGGAACACCUGUAUAUUACUAUUGUCCACCAGCUUUGGAAGAGCAUGAAUCCUUAACAUCUCACAAUGGUGCAGCCUCUGCAUUCGCUGCAGGUCUCCUAGCUGAUUUGAAUCUGAAUACUUCAACACCUGAUACUUUCCGGUCCCCUCCUGCACCUUUGCCAUAUGAUGUGAUUUUGGGAGGUCCACGAUCAUCAGAUUCUGAAUCUGUUAGAGAAACAAUUAGUGGUGGUAGUUUUGAAACUUUAGCAACAUGUGAGGAUCUCGAGGAACCAGCUUGCAAAACUCUAGCAAGUUCUUUGCCUGUCUCACCAAAGAAGCCAGAAAUAUCAAAAUCAAUUGAAGCUAUUGUUUCAGCAACAGAAGAAGAGGAUGCUUGUCCCAUUUGUCUUGAAGAGUAUGACACACAGAAUCCAAAGUUUUUCACCAAAUGUGAACAUCAUUUUCACCUGUCAUGCAUUUUGGAGUGGAUGGAAAGAAGUGAAACCUGCCCAAUAUGUGAUCAGGUUUGCCUCUUAGAAAAUGAAUCUGCCAGCAGUAUUUGGAUGAAAUUUUAUAAAUGUGAGAUUAUUAACAUAUUCUAGCUUUCCUCAACAUAAUUGUUUAUAAUAACCCUAGUUAAUAUGAGCCAAAAAGAACUACAUUAGUCUUUACUUUCUAAUGAAAUGAUUUUGUGUAACUCCUCCAAGUCACACAUCAAAAAGGGAUUUCUGAUUUGAUAUAUGUAUAUAAUAGUCUUAGUGAACUACUACUAACAACUAGGGGAGGAAUUGAUUUUUGGGCCAUGUGAUUAGGCUUAGCACCAUUGUUAGGUUUGUUGUCCAUGUGGACUUGGAUUGUGACAAUGACAUGAGGCAAUCUAUCAGUCUGAGUGCAGAACUAAGUGCUAUGUGGAUGCUGUGGAAGUCAGUGGCAGCCACCUCUAGAAUCCAUUGGAGUACGGUUUGACCUUGAUGAAGACAUUAGGAUUUGAGUCAGGGAUUCUCACAUCAGAAAGAGACUUCUGAACUGAUCUAUAUAUCAGAGAACCACUACUAGAACCUAAUGUUACUUUUGGACUAUGUGGUUAGAUUUAACUCCGCCCCAGUUGUUAGGCCAGUAGUCCUUGCAGGCUUGAGUCGUGAUAUUUUGGCACUUAUCAGUUGAAACUGAAAUAAGAGAUAUGCAGACUAAUGAGGAACUGUGCUUUUUACUAUAUGCUGGUUAGAUGAAUGAAUAUCAACUUUUUAUUUUUUGGUGCACUUAUGCUCUGCUUCUUAAAUGUUGCAGGAAAUGGUAUUUGACCAUAACUUCAGUUAGUAGCUCUUUUAUGAUUUUCAAGAAGAAAACUUAGUAGCAGAUUCAAUUGAAAGCUUGCCAACUUAGUGGGCUGCUGUUCCAUGUCAGUUCUGUCUCACAAAUGGUAACUGGUCAGUAGAGCGCCCAAGGACUGUUUUAAUUUUGUUCUUGGUUGGUUAAGAGCUCAACAUAUCAUUGUUUUAUGUGAUUACUUCUGGGAAGGUCAAAAGAAAAGGAAUGGAAUUUCAAUGCAAAAAGAGAAACUAGUGGCCUCUUCUGGCCCCUUUGUUAAUACCUUGGUGGUUAGUUUUCAAAUGCUUGUGCAGAGUGCAGAUGGCAACAUUGUUAUCGAGAGUUCAGGAAAAACAACCUGAAAGGGAGUUUCAUGCAAACAAAGUUACAUCACAAAGAAAAAGCAUAUGUCCAGUUCUGCCUUCCAUGUUGCGUUAAUGACCUACACUUCCCUUUCUCUUGUAUUUGCUUGCUUCUUUUUUCUCUUGGUUUUUUUUUUUUUGAGUCAGUCUUUGUAAAUUAAAUCUGCUUAGAUUUCUAUGGAUUCAGGAUUUCAGCGCUGGAAACCCAAUUAGUGUAUGGAAAGUGUAAUGAUCAAUGAAAAGGUAUACCAUGAUUUUAUGGAUUCAAAUUA